AUGGAAGAACUGCACUUACUGGUCAAUCAUGUACAACAAUGUAUUCAAUUUACUAUUGAUACAGAGUCAGAAAAAUCAAAUGGUCAACUGGCAUUAAUACAAAUACAAACUAUACCACCUCAACUACCAUUCUUAGCAAAAUUAAUUGAACUACAACAUCUCCCAUCAAAUAAAUUACCUACGUAUAUUAAAAUUAAAGAAUUUUUUUCAUUAGUAUGUAGAUCUGGAAAUAAAUUGUACUCGUGGGAUGAUAUGCACAAAGAAUUAGAGCCAAUACAAGAUUAUCAUUUAUUUAAUUGGCCACCAACAGCAUCACUAAUUGACAUACAACUGUAUUUUACGGAUUGGUAUAAGUGGGCACCGGCUCAUUGUGAGUCAUGUCGCCCGAAUCAUCAUCGUCAUCAUCCUGAUGGUAUUAAUUCUGAUAAAGUUACUACACGAAAUUAUUCAUCAUUAAUGUGUGUUUGUCAUGAACAAAGUCCAUACUGUCCAAAUAAAAAAUGGGCUCUUCAGAAGGCCUUAAUUUAUGCAGCACACAUAUUCAUCGACAAAUCAAAAUUAACUGGUCAAUUAUUGGUCAAUAAUACUGGAUUAAUUAGGGAAGCAGACAAUGAUAAUGAUGAAACUCAACCAGCUACAGUUGUCGAAGAAAAACUACCAACAACAAAACGAAGAAGCACUCAUCAACAACGAUCAAAGGUAUCCAGACAACGACGAAAUCGAAAACGAAAUAAUACCCAUCGAAUACGUCGUUAUCAACAUCAUAUUACCCGCUUGAUGUAUCAUAAAUUUACUAUGCCAUCAGUCAAAAAAAUUCUUCAACAACAUCACAUCAACUAUGUACACGUCAAGGUGCAGUACCAAGAUCAAAUUCCAGAAGAUAUGUUUGAUCGAAAACAUUAUCAAAUCUAUCAACAUCAUCGUCAACGUCGUCACCAACAUCAUCAUCAAUAUCAUCAUCAACAUCAUGGCGCAUAA